CGUUUCUGUUGUUACUGUCACAUCUUUGCUUCAUGUUGUUAUGCUUGUAAAACUGUUCAUCAGUGAACAGAGAAGACACAGUAAUAUAAUAUAUAAUAUAUAAUGUAUAAUAUAUAAUGUAUAAUAUAUAAUAUAAUAAUGUAUAAUGUAUAAUAUGGUAUCAUUAUAAAAUGUCUGCAGCUGUUUGGUUUGUUUUAGCAGCACAUUGAAAUGGACAUAAAGUAUUGGACACACCUUUUCUGCCUUCAUAUGAAUUACUUGAGCUGAUGAAACAGAUAUUUACUGCAUGCCAACACAACUGAUGGUGUUUUACUCUGUUUACCACGAACACUGAAAUCUUCCGUGGGUCCUUGUGACGACAUCAAACUGGCUCUGAGGGGACGUGUGAAGGAUAAAAACAAGCUAUAUUUUUGUUUGUUGUUGCAGCAUAUUAAUCUUUCCAGCAAUGGGACCAAUCUGGUCUAGCCCUUCCAAGACACCUGAACCUGAACCUGAACUUCUCAGUGACUCAUGGAGAGAAAUAAACUGGAGGGACAAACAGGGCCCCCUGGAAGUUACAACUACAGACCUCGUACUGAAGGCCAGCAGCUCAGGAUUCUUCUUCAUGGACUCUUGGGAGCUGGAAAAUCCAGUUUCAUCAACUCUGUUAGCACUGUCUUACAAGGCAACAUGAGCAGAAUAGCUUUGGUGGGUAACUCCAAUCAGGACAGUGUUACCAAAGAGUACAAAACCUACAGGAUCCAAAGAGGAAACCACAACGGCUUUUACCCUUUUGUCCUCAAUGACAUCAUGGGCUUGAAAAAUGCCACCAGGAGAAACAGAAAAGUCUAUGUGAAAGAUGUCAAACGGGCGAUGAAGGGACAUGUGAGGGAUGGUUACACGUUCAAUCCUGAACGUAAUAUAUUAAAGGGUGGACAAUUCUACAACAGAAACCCAACUGCCAACGACAAAGUGCAUGUUCUGGUUUCUGUUAUUGAUGCUAGCAAAGUAGAAAAGAUGAAAAAUGAAAUUGAGGAAACAUUGCAGGACAUCAGGGAAGAAGCCAAUGACCUGGGAAUUCCUCAAGUAGCCAUUCUCACCAAAAUUGACACAGUCUGUCCUGAAAUCCAAAAAGAUAUAAAGGAUGUCUACAAGAGCAGAACACUGAAGAAGAGGAUGGAGGAGUUCAGUGCACUGGUGGGCAUUCCUAUGUACUGCAUCUUCCCUGUGAAGAACUACCAUGAAGAACUCCAGCUCAACAAUGACAUCGACGUCCUGGUCCUGAACGCACUGACAAACAUCAUCAAGGUUGGAGAAGAAUUCCUCAACCAAAACAAUCCAGCAUAAAGGCUCACGUCCCGACCAGGGCGUUACGCUCCGCUCAUACAAACCGUCUAGUUGUACCCUCGCCUCUCGCAAAGCGAGGUCACUCUAAACUCUUCUCUGUGGUCGUCCCCAAAUGGUGGAAUGA